GCUCCAAGCUGCACGUAGGUACAGCAAAGAGGGCUGCAGAAGACCUGGAACCGGAUUCCGGGGAAGACAAUGCAAGUGAAUCGUGCGAUGGCGGCGCGGCGAAUUCCGUAGACGCAGAUGCCGAUGAGGACCAGCUGGAUGAAGAUGAUGAAGACCUCAUAGAAGAGGAGGUUGCAUAUCUGCUAGAUGUACUAGACGAAGAGGAAGUGUCAGACAUUGUUGAUGCGAGGGAAGGCAUCAGCAAUACAGAAGACCCGGUUGAAGUCGAGGAAAUCAUUGAGGAGGAGGAUGACGAGGAUGCUGUCGAAGAUGACCAAGAGCUCGAUGAUGAUGAGGAACAAUGCGAGGUUCUGCGCGUCGAGAACAGCAUUCUGCCGAGAACGUGCCUUCAAAUGUAG